UUUUUAUCCACAUUCCAUCCCCCUUUUUGAGCCCCCCGUUCCCACCCCACACCCACGGCCCCGCCCCCUCCGGUGAUCCCGCUCUGGGCCCCGCCCCUCUUUCUGAGCCGCCAAUCAGCGCGGGGUUUGCAUUAAAGCUCCGCCCCCUAUGCGCAAGGCGGGGCUACGGCGGCCGCGCACACGUGGGGAGCGAUUGCGCUUGCGCAGAGCGGGGCUGGUACCGGGAGCGACACCGGGAGCGGAACCGGGAGCACGAGGGGAGACCGGGACCGGGCGGGCCGGGGUCGCCAUGGCGGGCCGGGGCCGCGGCCGGGGCCGGGGGCAGAUGACGUUUAACGUGGAGGCCGUGGGCAUCGGUAAGGGGGACGCGCUGCCGCCGCCCACCCUGCAGCCAGCGCCGCUCUUCCCGGCCCUGGAGCGCCGCGCGGCGCCGCUGCCCGGGGGCGAGGAGGGCGAGUACAUGCUGGCGCUGAAGCAGGAGCUGCGCCGGGCCAUGAAGGGGCUCCCGUACUUCGUCAAACCGGGGGCGCCCCGCAGAGACAUCGAGCGCUACUCGGACAAGUACCAGCUCUCCAGCCCUGUGGACAACGCCAUCGACUGGAACCCAGACUGGCGGCGGCUCCCGCGGGAGCUGAAGAUCCGCGUGCGGCGGCUGCGCAAGGCCCGUGCCCCCGGGCCUGUCCCCAAGCCGCAGGUGGCGCUGGACAAGGACGAGGCCAUCAAGAAGCUCGAGAGCCUGGAGAAGAAGGAGGAGGAGGUGACAUCCGAGGAGGAGGAGGAGAAGGAGGAGGAGGAGGAAGGCAAGGAGGAGGAGGAGGAGGAGUACGAUGAGGAAGAGCACGAGGAGGAGACCGACUACGUGCUGUCCUACUUCGACAACGGGGAGAGCUUCGGGCCCGACAGCGACGACAACGGCGACGAGGCCGUGUACUGACCCCAAAGGGGCACUGCACCCCAAAAACGGGCACUGCACCCCAAAAAUGGGUACUGACCCCAAAAUGGGCACCCCAAAAUGGGUACUGACCCCAAAAAUGGGUACUGACCCCAAAAAUGGGCACCCCAAAAGGGGUACUGACCCCGAAAGGGGCACUGAACCCCAAAAAUGGGCACCCCAAAAUGGGUACUGACCCCAAAAAUGGGUACUGACCCCGAAAGGGGCACUGCACCCCAAAAACGGGCACUGACCCCAAAAUGGGCACCCCAAAAUGGGUACUGACCCCAAAAACGGGCACCCCAAAAUGGGUACUGACCCCGAAAGGGGCACUGAACCCCAAAAACGGGUACUGACCCCAAAAAUGAGCACUGACCCUAAAAACUGGCAUUGACCCCAAAAAUGGGCAAUGAUCCCCAAAAUGGGCACUGAACCCAAAAUGGGCACUGACCCUAAAACUGAGCACCCCGACCGGGCCCAUCCUAUUGGGGUCCCUGUUCCUCCCCUUGGGGACAUUGGGGUGACAUUGGGGUCCCCUUGAGGACAUUGGGGUGACAUUGGGGUCCCCUUGGGGACAUUGGGGUGCAUUGGGGUCCCUAUUCCGCCUUUGGAGACAUUGGGGUGACAUUGGGGUCCCCUUGGGGACAUUGGGGUGCAUUGGGGUCCCCGUUCCCCCCUUGGGGACAUUGGGGUCCCCCUUGUCCUGUCAUUCCCUUUGUCACCACCAGGCGGCGCCGGCGCUCCAGGCCCGGGGUGGGGGGGGCGGGACCCCCUCAAAUUUUGGGGCUUUUUUUGGGUGAAUUUUGUGUGAAUUUUAAAAUAUUUUUGGUAUUUCUG